AAAACCACCGUCUUUUAUAAAAAUUCCAUCAGAGUCAUAUUUUCCAGAUAGAGAAUCAAAUCAAUCACCACCUCUCCCAUAUCAAAAACCCUAAACAGCUUUCUAGGGUUUCGACAUUUCUUUUGCCUGAGCAAAUUUCGGGUCAUUGAUAAGCUCACGAGUGGUUGCACAUCUUCAAGUGACCGAUCGGACCUUGAAGAAGGGAGAGGAAUUGAAGAAAAUGGAAUUCGAUGAGUACGAUUACCUUGAGAAGACCGUGGAGGAUCAGGACAAUCGGAACGGGUCGUCGUCGAAGAAGAAAGACGGCGUCGCCGUUGAGAAGAGCGAGAGAGGUUACAGGAGGAGAGAGAGAGACGAAGACGACUCCGACGAUGAUGAAGAGGAUCGAGUUGAGGGACGGAAGAGUAAGAAAUCGAGGAGCGAGGAGGAGAAUGGUGGUGGUGGGAGGCGAGAGAAAGACGAGAGGGAGAGGUCGUCGCGGCACGAGAAGGAUCGCCAUCGAAGUGGGAGAGACGGAGAGAGAGAGGUAGAGAGGGAUCGGCACAGGGGUAGUAGAGAUGGAGGAGAGAGAGAGGUGGAUAGAGAGAGGGAUCGGGAUAGAGAGAGAGGGUCUAGAGAGAAGGAUAAAGAGAAAAGAGAGAAAGACAAAGAGAGGGAGAGGGACAGGGAUAGGAGAGAGAAAGAGAGGGAGAGGGAUAGAAGAGAGAAAGAGAAGGAGAGGGAAAGGGAGAGGGAGAAGGAGAAGGAGAAAGAAAAGGAGAGGGAGAAGGAGAAGGAGAAGGAGAGGGAGAGGUCGCGGAGAAGCAGGAGUCGAUCGAGGAGGCACGAGGGCGAGAAGGAACUGUUAUUGGGCAGAGACCGAGAACUUGAAUUGAGAGAUAGCAGGAGAUUCAAAGAAAAGAAAGAAGCGGUAGAGCCUGAAGCUGAUCCAGAAAGGGACCAGAGAACUGUUUUUGCUUACCAGAUGCCUCUGAAGGCAGCUGAGAGGGAUGUUUAUGACUUCUUUUCAAAAGCAGGAAAGGUGAGGGAUGUCCGACUGAUCAUGGACCGGAACUCAAGGCGGUCAAAGGGAGUUGGGUAUAUUGAAUUUUACGAUGCAAUGUCAGUGCCAAUGGCUAUAGCUCUAUCUGGCCACCUACUUCUUGGACAACCUGUUAUGGUUAAACCUUCGGAGGCGGAAAAGAAUCUCGUUCAAUCUAAUGCUUCUGGUGCUGGUUCAGGUGGUCUUGUGGGACCCUACGGAGCUGUUGAUAGAAAACUUUAUGUGGGGAACUUACACUUCAACAUGACAGAACUUCAACUGAAACAGAUCUUUGAAGCUUUUGGUACAGUGGAGCUUGUGCAACUACCCACUGACCCCGAGACAGGACACUGCAAAGGUUUCGGGUUUGUUCAAUUCGCUCAGCUUGAACAUGCAAAGGCAGCUCAAAGUUUGAACGGUAAAUUGGAAAUUGCUGGUCGGGUUAUCAAGGUUUCAUCUGUUACGGAUCACAUAGGAGUGCAAGAUUCAGGAGCCAAAACUGCGGACUUUGAUGAUGAUGAUGGUGGUGGCUUGUCUUUAAAUGCUCAAUCAAGAGCUUUGCUGAUGCAGAAGUUGGAUCGCAGUGGUAUAGCCACAAGUCUUACGGGAUCCAUUGGGGUGCCUGCGCUUAAUGGAGCAGCACCAAAUCAGCAAGCCAUUAACAUGCCUAUCAAUGGGCCAGCUGCCAUUCCUGGUUCAGCAUUUCCAGUCCACGUUGCUACUUCCGUGGUUUCAGAACCUGUUGGGAACCCCACUGAGUGUUUACUUCUGAAGAAUAUGUUUGAUCCAGCUACUGAGCUGGAUCCGGAGUUCGAUUUGGAUAUUAAAGAGGAUGUUGAAGAAGAAUGUUCAAAUUUUGGCCGGGUGAAGCAUAUCUAUGUGGACAAGAACAGUGCUGGUUAUGUGUAUUUGCGGUUUGAUACUGUGGAAGCAGCGAUGGGUGCUCAACGAGCAAUGCACAAAAGAUGGUUUGCGCGGAGGUUGAUUUCAGCGGUUUACUUGCAACCUUAUGAAUACGACGCAAAAUUUAAAGGCGAAGCUUGAACAAGUUCUCAAAUGCAGCAGCCAUAUAGGAUAUUUUGGAAUAUGUAUUGGCGCAGCGGAUACCUUCUAAUGUGUCAAGUUGGUAGUUUAUUUCUAUUUUUAAAUUUUGCUUAGAGGUCUUGUGAAUUUCAAUUUCUUCAAAAAAGCAUUGCAUGUAUCAUAACAGUGAAUCAGUUACACUUUGGUCGGUAUUUGUACCAUCUUUUCCGGACAAUCUGCUUCAUCUGUGUAACUUAAGAUUAGAAUUGGGUUUCAAUCUUUAUUAUUUGUAGUGUCCAAAUCCAGAUUAGGAAGUAAUUAGGCAAAUUAUUGUUUGUGUCCAGAGCGGCUUGCAUCUCAUAAGAGUUUACUCCUUUUCUUGAAUGUGCUACAAGAUCUAUAAAGGUUUGAUACUCUCUCCUGUAUUCCCUCCCUCGAUCAAA